GGCGAGGCUGUGAGGAUUCAGCGAACCCAUGGAUUGGGUAGAGGUUUGUCUGUUUUUUGGUCGUCGCUUUAAACUGAUAUAUCCAAUCUGUCACUUGUGUUGAGCAUGAGGUAAAGACGGAAUAUUAUGACUCACCUUGCUUGUCCGAUAUCUUGGUUGUGUCUGAUCUUAUAUUCGGAGAGCACAUGAGCGUCUUGCACUUUGAGACCUAGUACCAUCCGUUGAUGAACGUUGGUCUCUUGAAAGCGUUGGGGUCUGUAACAGGGUCAGGGUGCAAUCGGAAAAAAGGGAACCAUGGACGACUAUAUGUUUCGGUCCUACGUGACCGAAUGCAAGUGCGUCCAGGAGGAGACCCAGUACCUCGAAAUCUUCAAUUACUCGGAUCCCUCGCGCAACACCAACGAGCAACAUCGCUUUCGUCUGGAUGAGCUUCCCGCUGAGUUCGGCAACUUUCUGCAUCAACGGGGCGCAUUUGCACCUCCGAAAUUGCCCCCGAACGUUGAGUUAACCGGUGGUAUACGGUUAAUCCUCCAACUUGAUGCAGACCACCCCGAGACCUUUAGUCCGAGUUACCUCUCUCUAUCACACCAGGCAUACGAGGAAAUGGUCCGGGCUUUUCACCUACCGUUCCGCGCCAUCGAGGGCAGCAGCGUGGUGGGCCCUUUCUUCUGGUGCGCCUUCGACCAGGACGACGACGACCCGCACUUGCAAAUAAUAUUCCGCAAAUCCGAUGUCCGUAAGAAGGGCCGCACCCGGGGCUGGGAGCUCAUGCUGUCGCACUCGUUCCGCACCCACAUGACGACGGGCUACGCCAAGGGCACGCCAUCCUCGGACCUCGUCGAUAGCAUCAGACACCUGCGGGCGUGCGCGGCGCAGGUCCUGCACCCCUUGCUCCUGCCCCUCAUCAUUCUCAGCCACGACCUGUCGAUGAAGAACGACGUCAAGCAGCGCAACGCGCGCGAGUGGCUGCGCAACCUCGAGCACGCCGUCAGCAUGCGCACCGAGGUGCGCGAGGAGGACAGCAAGUACGUCAAGGACGCCAUGGUCGACCUGGAUCAGAUCAACCGCGACCUGGUCGAGUGCCAUUCGCAGGUGCUGUGGAAGCGGCCCCAGGCGUACCAGGAGAUCAUCAAGCUGGUGGGCGCCGCCAUGGACAAGUUCUGGGACCGGGCGCGCGACGACCCGGCGUACGGCGGCCGCGGCGGCGAGGUGGAUAAGCUGCACCGCAGCCUGCUGGCCCGGCUGGAUUUCUACCAGGCCAAGCUCAAGGGCAUCGAAAACUACGCGCACAUCACGCUGGAGCGGCUGACGAUCCAGCGCGCGGCCCUGUACAACAUCAUCGCCCAAAAGGAGUCCAAACUCGGCCUCCAAAUGGCCGGUGAGCAGCGCCGCCUAGCCCACGCGGCCAAGCGCGACAGCACCUCGAUGAAGCUCCUCUCCCUCAUGGGCGCCAUCUUCCUCCCGUCCACCUACCUCGCCUCGGUCUUCAGCAUGUCCUUUUUCGACUUCAUCCCGGACUCUACAGACCUAGCGGCCAGCACCGACAAUGGAAGUGGAAGUGGAAGUGGUGGUCGCUGGUCCCCCGUCUCCCCGCUCCUAUGGAUCUACUUUGCCAUAUCCGUCCCGCUGACGGUGCUCAUCGUGGUUGGCUGGCGGUGGUGGGACAAGCGGCGCGAGGUCAAGUACGCGCAGGAGGAUGCGGACAUCGAGGCGGGCAUCGAGAAGAUGGAGGCGCAGAUCAUGGCGACCAUGAGGAAGCGCACGCUGAGUAAGGUCAGGACGUGGGACGUGGGCUUUACGAAGUGAUGCUUGCGGGAGCGGGGAGUACUCUAUAGCGGGAUGGGAGCACACCCAAUGUGGGGAUGACGGGGCGGGUGAAAGGAGAAAAGAGAAGGCAAGACACAGGUUUUCUUUUCUGUUUUAGGGUUUCACUUCAAAAUAGCGAGCGAGCGAGCGAGCUGUGUUUGGCUAUUCAUUUCAACGACGUUGACGACUAUAACUUAUGAGUCACGACGAUAGAGGAGUCGAUAUGUUAGAUAAUACAUAGUAGUCUGGUCAGGGUAUCUCAACUUGGCUAGCUGUUCAUAAUUGCU